GUUUACCCCCCAGGAAUUCUAGCUACAGAUACACCUCAUCCCAGGAAUUCUACUCUGCAUCAUCUCACCCAAUACCUACUAGAGCAAUAUCACAAGGAAGUGAGACCUGUUCACAAUUGGCAUGAUGCCACCACCGUCUACCUGGACCUAUUUGUCCAAGCUGUACUGGAUGUGGAUAUACAGAAUCAAAAAUUAAAGACAAGUGUAUGGUACCGUGAGGUUUGGGAUGAUGAGUUUUUAUCCUGGAACUCCAGCAUGUUUGAUGAGAUUAGAGAGAUCUCUCUACCUCUCAGUGCCAUCUGGGCCCCUGAUAUCAUCAUUAAUGAGUUUGUGGACAUUGAAAGAUCCCCUGACAUUCCCUAUGUUUACGUGACCUCAUCUGGGAGCAUUAAGAACUUUAAGCCCAUCCAGGUGGUCUCUGCUUGCAGUUUACAGACAUAUGCUUUUCCUUUUGACAUCCAGAAUUGCAGCUUAACCUUCAAUAGCAUUCUGCACACAGUGGAAGAUGUAGACCUGGGCUUCCUGAGGAACAGAGAAGACAUUAAGCAUGACAAAAAACCAUUUUUGAAUGACAGUGAGUGGGAACUUCUUUCUGUGUCCUCAACAUACAGCAUCCUGCAGAGCAACACUGGAGAUUUUGCACAGAUUCAAUUUAACGUGGUGAUUCGCAGAUGCCCAUUGGCCUAUGUUGUGAAUUUGCUGAUUCCCAGCAUCUUCCUAAUGCUUGUGGAUCUGGGGAGCUUCUACCUGCCACCCAACUGCCGGGCAAGGAUUGUGUUCAAGACCAGUGUGCUGGUGGGCUAUACAGUCUUCAGAGUCAACAUGUCUAACGAGGUACCUAGGAGCUCAGGGAGCGCCUCUUUGAUUGGGGUCUUCUUCACAGUCUGCAUGGCCUUCUUGGUUCUCAGCUUAUCAAAGUCUAUUCUGUUGGUCAGAUUCCUCCAUGAUGAGUGGAGAAGUGGCCAGGAACUACCCCUCUUGUGCCUUCAGGGGGAUGCUGGCACCAAUGGGUCUAGAAUGGACCCUAGGACCCAGGAUGCUGGAGUAACAGAAUCCCCAGUCUGUCAAGAACACCAGAUCCAGUCAGAAACCCUGAAGGAAGUCUGGAGCCAGCUGUCCUCGAUCCGACACUACCUGGAGAAGAGGGAUGAGAUCCGCGAGGUGGCCCGGGACUGGCUUCGGGUGGGCUCUGUGCUGGACAAGCUGCUCUUCCGCAUCUACCUGCUGGCAGUGCUGGCCUAUAGCAUCACCCUGGUCACACUCUGGUCCAUCUGGCAUUAUUCUUGAGGGGGCACAGCCCAGCAGGGUAAGGGGUAUAGGGUUGGUUAAGAUGGGGACGCAGGAUUUCCACUUAGUUCCUUCAGGGCCCAGGGGAUGUCAGGGACAUUCCCAAGACACAGAUGCAGUCCCAUACCUCAUUUCCAAUGCCAGUUCAUCUAAGCUAUCCUGAACUAUGGUCUGAACUCUUUGCCCCCAAAUUUAGUGUUUAAGAUCCUUACAGCGAACCCCCAUCCACAGCUGCCUGUUAUGGCUUUACAUCCUGCUAUCUUAGACUGGGAGAGACCCACGCAUUCCAUAACUUCACUCUCCUUAUCUAGGCCUCAAGUCUCAGUUUCCCUUUGGCACUUCCCUAGAAUUCCGCUUAUUUCCACCAACCUUGUUUUUAGAUUGAAAGCAAAAUUAACUCUCUGCUACUGGGGCCUGAUGAUUCUGCAUAUGUUUAUCCUGCCCUAAUGUCUCCUUCUUCACUGUCACCUGUGGUCCACUUCCCUAAUAUUCAUGCUCCAGCAGCUAGUGGGGGGGGGCAAUAAAAUGCUAUAAACCCUUAAA